AAGGGGAAAAUUCCAUUUAUCACAUUGCACAUCAGUCCCUAACCUGAAACAACACUCAAAACCCAAAACCCUAGGAACCGAAAAACAAAGAAGGCGAUUCCAUGGAUUUGCAAUCCAACGAUUUCGAUAGCCUUUUGUUCUUCGAGCACGCUCGUAAAACCGCUGAAGCUGAAUACGCCGCCAACCCUCUCGAUGCUGACAAUUUGACAAGAUGGGGAGGAGCUUUGUUAGAGUUGUCUCAGUUUCAGAGUUUUCCUGAGUCAAAGAAGAUGACCCAAGAGGGUAUUACAAGGCUUGAGGAGGCCAUUUCUGUGAAUCCCAACAAGCACGAUGCUCUUUGGUGCCUGGGAAACGCUCUCACUUCACAAGCAUUUUUAAAUCCAGACCCAGAUGAAGCUAAAGUUCAUUUUGACAGGGCAGCUGUGUACUUUCAACAAGCCGUUGAUGAGGAUCCUUCAAAUGAGCUUUACCGCAAAGCAUUGGAAGUCGCUGCUAAGGUAUGCUGCUAAGGUUUUGAGUUGAGUAUAUAUGAACAAUAUGAAGGAUUGGAGGCUUCUUUGCAAACAACAUCUACUUCAAUAACAUUGUUUGAAAUUGAAUCGGAGGAAGAAACAUAAACUAGAAGAAGCACCAACAAGAGAGAGAGAGAGAGAGAGAGAGAGAGUUCAUUUUUAUGUUUUUUCCUUGUAUUUCUCCUUUUAUUUUUGUAUGUUUUUCAAAUUGAUUUUUCGCUUGGUUUUAUAGUUUUCAUUUGUCAACUUGACAGUAAAUUAUGAUGAUAAUAUUUGAUAUACUUUGAUUAUUCUAAUUAUGAUCAAUAAAUAUAAUUAAAUAUAAUCCAUAAAACAUCGUUUCUCAU